UGCUCUUGGGCUGUAAUGGGGCUUUGCAUGGAAAUAAAGGAGAAGACAACCCCAAAAGCCUGGAACAAAACCAUUACUGUGGUCUGUAGAAUCUCUUGUACAACUACCAUUCAACCGUGAUUAACUACCACUCUUCCUCACCAGAGAAACACCGAUAUUCCAACCUUGUUAAGCUCCAGUAAUGGCCUUCCUCCAGAUUCUCUUCUCCCUUGUCAUUUCUCCCAGAACACUCCUAUGGAACAACUCCCCGUACCCACAAUCCCAACUCACCCUAUUCAGCUCCACUGACUCAGCCCACCUCGCUCCCCAUGCUCAAAGGCAAGCUCCAGCUCCCUGACAAAGCUCGCCGUGUCUUCCCCGACCGCCUUGGAAGCUUGGUCGCGGGUCUCGUUGAUAAAGAAGAUGAAAAUGGCUUGUAUGACUCGGUUUUUGAGUCCGGAGAGGAGCUUGAGUUUAUUCAGCCCGAUAGGGCCGAGUUGUGUAAGGAAAGUGACUACGAAUUCCAAUGUGAAUACGGGGAUGACUGUGAUUUGAGCCUCAAUGAUAAAAUGAUGGAAAAAGAGGAUGCUAAGACACGGAAAAGAUCCGAGAAAGAUGGACCGGGUCAGGUUUCGGUGAUGGAGGUUUUUGCCGCCGACGAGAAAAGGUCUGAUAUUGAACAUGAGCUUUCUCAGAAGGAGAUCAAUUUAGAAAAGUUGAGGAGAAUUGCUAGUACAGGUCUCCCUGAGGGAGGAGGUUUACGUGGAACAACUUGGAAGCUUCUUUUAGGUUAUUUGCCUCCUUCUCGCGACUUGUGGGAAAAGGAGCUAACUGAGAACAGACAAAAGUAUGCUAAGCUAAAAGAGGAGCUUCUGUCAAGUCCCUCAGAGCUCAAUGCGGUAAAUAAUGAUGUAUUGAAUUCUGAUGAGCUGAAUGCUGAAGGUGAUGGUGGUGGACCACUUAAGCGACAUGGGGUUUCUCAUGAAGAUCACCCCUUGAGCGUUGGUAAGAGUAGCGCUUGGCAUCAGUACUUCCAGCAUACUGAGAUUGCAGACCAGAUUGACCGUGAUUUGCAGCGUACACACCCUAAUAUUAAAUUCUUUUCAGGGGACUCAUCAUUCAGCAGGAAAAACAGGGAUGCAAUGAGGAAUAUUCUUCUCCUUUUUGCAAAACUAAAUCCUGCUAUUCGUUAUGUUCAAGGCAUGAAUGAGGUCUUGGCACCAAUAUUCUAUGUGUUUAGUGCUGACACUGAUCAGCAGAAUGCUGCAAAUGCAGAAGCAGAUAGUUUUUCUUGUUUUGUUCGACUACUGAGUGACUCAGUGGAUCACUUUUGUCCACAGUUGGAUAAUAGUCCAGUUGGUAUCCUAUCCACCCUUUCCCGAUUGACAGACUUGCUGAAAGCAAAUGACGAGGAAUUAUGGCGGCAUCUUGAGUUCACAACCAAGGUGGAUCACAUUACUGCUCACUCAAGAAUUUGACUUGCAGUGCAUCUUAAGAAUUUGGGAUUCACUUCUGAGUAAUCCUUCUGGUGUUCAGGUCUCUCUCUCUCUCUCUCACACACACACACACACACACCAAGAUUGACCAGACUUGAAGUAUCUGACGCUGUUGCUCAGCUAUCUUCAGGUGAUCCAGAUGCUUGAUGAUUAGUGGGAAACAAAACAUUUUUUUUGCAGGAUAUGCUUUUGCGGAUCUGUUGUGCAAUGUUGUUAUGUGUGAAAAGCAGGCUAUUAAGUGGGGAUUUUGCAGCUAACUUGAGGCUUUUGCAGCAUUAUCCUGAUAUCAACAUAGAAUACCUUCUUCAGUUAGCUCGGGAUCUGAGUCCUGACACUUAAUCCUGUCCCUUAUCGCUGUAAAUUAUCUCCAUCCUAUGUCAUUUCUAUGCAAAUUGUCCGUCUCUGCUUCUCUCUUAACAAACUUGGCAAUGACAGACAAGACUUGAGGAAUUGCUCUUGAGUUUCUGAAAAGCAAUCUUCCUUACCUUUGCAUCAUUUAUUUGGCCAGCACAAAUUGCCAUUCAAACAUUUCCUUAUCUAAUUUUUAUGCUGGCCAAAGAUUUGAAGAACAAAGGAUCCUUUGUUGUCAUGUUCACUGCACUGUGCAAACUGUCCUUUUUUUUUUUUUCUUUUUGGUUAAAUGGAAGACAAGUAGACUAUUUGUUUCA